GCGCACUAAAGACUACUCCGGUCCGAUGUGAUACGCGAUUAGUCAGUAGAAAAGUGCGACUCCGAACGACCGGUUAGUGUCAUCUUCUCGACGUUCAUUCGACGUACGUGUGUUUUUCAGCGAUACUUUGGAGGGGAAGGAGAACGAAAUUCCUCGCGAAAUGCCAUCUAAGUCACGUCCAACAAGUUUUCGAGAAUAUUUGGAUUCCACGAAAAUGUAACGUUGCAGCAACGAUGAGCGGAAACAAGGAUUACAAAUCAGCCAACUCGAUUUACGAUUUCACGGCGACUUCCAUAAAGGGAGAGGAAGUUCCUUUGUCUAACUACAAAGGACAUGUAUGCUUGAUUGUAAACGUUGCCUCGAAAUGCGGCCUCACAGCAACAAAUUACAAAGAACUGAACGAAUUGUACGAUGAGUACGCUGAAUCCAAAGGAUUACGGAUUCUAGCAUUUCCCUGUAAUCAAUUUAAUGGACAAGAACCCGGCAACAGCGAGGAGAUUUGCAGUUUCGCUGAUCGCCAGAAAGUAAAAUUCGAUUUGUUCGAAAAAAUCGAUGUGAACGGUGAUAACACGCAUCCCCUUUGGGCAUAUCUGAAGAAAGAGCAAGGCGGCAUACUGGGUAACUUCAUAAAAUGGAACUUCACCAAGUUUAUCGUGAAUAAAGAGGGCAAGGUCGUGGAGCGACACGGUCCUAAUGUGGAUCCCCACAAGCUAAAGGGUUCUUUGGAAAAAUAUUUUUAAACUGCUUGUUUUCACACAAUUCCCUUAACUUAAUAUUAUUGAUGGUUUAAGCGAAUUUAGCAAGGGAUUUUUAAAUCUUCGUAAUAUGAAUGCGAUGUUUCCACAUAUACAUAUAGAUUUGACACAAA